AAAGAAAAAAAAAAAGGCGAACCACGUUGGGACGUCACAGAUGUUUCAUCCUUGUUAAAAACUGCACGGUAGCCUAAUAUCUGUAUACAUAUACUAACCAGGGUGGUGGUAAUUGCUGAAAUGUGUUCAAAGAUGGUGCGCUUCUUUAGUAAAGGAAGUAAUUGAAAAAUUGCCCAUAAUGGCUCGGCAUGGUAUCCCCAGAUUACCCAAAUACUUAGCUGCUGCAGGAAGUGCAUCCAAUUUUGCAAGUGAAGAGCAAUUACAGAAAACCAGAAUAGAUACUACCAGUCUCUCACUAGAACAGCCUUCCCAUUGUCCUUCACGAGUUCCAAAGCAGGUUCAAAGAAAUAUCAUGGAACUGCUGAAAUGUUAUCCAGAGGGACUGGAAAUUGAAAAAUUUAAUGUUGCUUAUCUCAAGAGAUUUGGGAGGCCUUUGAUUGCAUCAGAUUAUGGCUUUUUAGACAUGGUUGAUCUUCUUGGUAAUUUGAAGGGAGACAUUUUACAGCUGCCUUACACAAAUGGGCAGUUACUUUUGAAGGUGGACAAAGACGUUUCUGGUGAACAGUGCGAUUCCCCACAGGCUCAUGAGAAGGUUGAGUUUCAACCUGUUCCUAAUGAAAUAAUUGAGGCGUUUAAGACCAUUGUGAAGAAAAACGGAGGCGGCAUCUCGCUUGAAAAUUUAAAAUAUGAAUUUGAGAUGAUAACGCACAAGCAGCUAGACUUGGCAUCUUUAGGAUUCUCGUGUUUAUAUGAUCUUGUGUCCUCUCUUGGUGAGAUUUUCAACAUUUAUAAAAGUGGAAGCCAGUUUUUGCUUUGUGAUUCCAACAUCAAGACUCUAUUUUUGAGUGACACUACAGCAUCCGUCGUAGAUUCACAUCAAAUAUCGAGAACCUUAUCUAAUGAAACAGAAGAUCGUCUAGCAAAGUUGUUGCGAGAGGAGUUUCCUGCUGGGCUUACAAUUGAUGAACUUGUUGGUGCAUACAAAGGUUUAUUCGGAGCAGACCUUGAUGAUCUAAACCCUCUAUUGUAUGGGUACAGGACUUUGCAAGCUCUGUUAAAAGAUCAUCCCGAUGUUGUGCUUUUAAUUUAUGCCAAUGAUACAAUUAUGGUUUAUGCAAGUCAGUUUCUGUGGCCUGAAGAGGCAACGAAGUUAACACUAUCACCGGUAAAGACUGUGAGUGCUGGAUCUGUGUAUCAAAUUUUAGACCAAAGUGCUUUGCUUCCUAUCGGCGAAUGGAUUGAGGUCAUGGUGGCCGAAGUUUAUUCCCCUGAGAAAUUUUGGGUGAUAAUUAAAGGAUCUGAAACAUCUGGGGCACUUAACUGUUUGAUGGGCAAACUCUUUGAAUUUUACAGUAGCAAGGUAGGCGAUCGAUAUAUGGUUUCACCCGGCCAGAUUGCUAUAGGAGCACCUGUAGUGGCUUAUUUUGCUGAUGAGCACUAUUACUGUAGAGCACUUGUUACAUCAGUAGAAGAUGUGAGGACCGUAAAGCUUUUCCUUGUAGAUUAUGGCAUAGUGUAUAGAUGUGAUUAUUCACAACUUCGUCAGCUUCACCAGAAUUUCUUCACGCUACCUGCUCAGGCAAUCAAGGCAGCAUUAGAUGACAUUGUUCCUCCAUAUGGGAAGGGGAUAUGGCCCAAACCAACAUCACAAAGAUUCUUGAAUAUGGUUCAAAACAAAGAUCUGGUUGCUAAGGUUACCAAGUUAAAGGAAAAUGCAUAUAUGGAGUUAUGGGAUACUAGUGGAAGGGCUGAUAUAAAUAUAGCUCAUGCUCUGAUUGUUGAGGGAUUAGCAUUUUCUGACAGCCCAUUAGAUUGUGGUAACAUGCCUUACAAAAAAUCCGCCUCUGAUCAAGAUGGAGCACGUACAGGUAGUAACCUGAAGCCGCUGAAUCCAAAACCAACACGAGAGACAAUACACUCUCCUGAAAGUAAGCUCAGUAUGGAUCAUGUGGUAGAAUCUUUUAAUUGCAUGAACUCCAUUCCAUCAGGAAAUAAUUUAAGUGGUGAUGGUAUUAGAAAUUUAAUCUUUGAUACAGAAAGCGGCUUCUCCAUACUUGAUCAUGCCAUUCAGAGUGAAACAAACUGUAGCCAGAAUGAGGUAAGAUCUCAUAAACUGGUAGGGGGAGAGUUGGCAUCCUGCAGUAACUUGUUCAAUUUCACUCAGUCAGGUUUGGUAUUUAGUGAUCCCCUGAUGAGGAAGACAAGCUUUAAGAAAGAGCAGGAAAUUCAGCAGCACCAUCAGCUUAGUUUAAUUCCCAAUGUCAUCCAACAAAAUGAAUUUGUUGCCUCACAAAAUCUACCUAACAGUCGCAUCAAGGGUAACUGGGAUCAAGGUGAAGAAUACACAUCCUAUGACCAAAUGGAUUUGCAGACUCUGCUACUUAUUCAUGAAUUGAGAAAUUUACCCGAGUUCACUUCAUUUUCUCCCUGCAGAAGUGAAGAGAAAUUAAUGCAAAUUACUCCACAAAGUAACUUAGAAUCAACCUGUGCAAAUAUAUUGCCCGACCCUUCUCAGUUGCACACCUUAAAAUAUGUUCCACCUCCCCCAGGAUUUGAAGGUGUAGGUAGGUUCUUGCCAGUUUCUACACAUGUAGAAACUGCAUGUCCUCCAAUGGUGUCAACUUCUGGGCAGCACGAUUUUGAAGAUCAUGGCAGGUAA